AUGAGCAGUUCCGGCGCAGGCCCCGCCCCCCCGGCCCCGCCCCCCCCCGUGGGGUUCGCGGCCCCGCCCCCCCCGCCCCCGUUCGCGCUGCAGUGCGGGAGCGGCGGGGGAGGGGCGGCGUUCCUGCCCCUGUACCCCGGGCAGCAGAGCUUUGGCUCCGCCCCCCCCGGGCCCGGCCCUUUGCCCGGCUCGGUGGGCGGGGCCGGGGGGGCUCCCCUGGGCCCCCCCCUGGGUCUGGGGGUCCCCGAGGGGCACCGGGGGUCGCCCCCCCACGAUUACCUGCCCAUCGCCGUGCUGACCACGCUCUGCUGCUUCUGGCCCACCGGCGUUGUGGCCAUCGUCAAGGCCGUGCAGGUGCGCACGGCGGUGGCGCGGGGGGACAUCGUGUCGGCCGAGAUCGCCUCGAGGGAGGCGCGGAAUUUCUCCUUCAUCAGCCUGGCCGUGGGCAUCGCCGCCAUCGUGCUCUGCACCAUCCUCACCGUGGUCAUCAUCAUCGCCGCCCAGCACCAGGACAACGACUGGGACCCCUGAGACCCCUCCCCACAAAAA